GUAUUAAUAUCAGUCUUGAUUUAUUUUAAUCUUCUGAUAACUCAAAAAAAAAAACAUGUAGUCACUGCUAUAAAUAUGGUUGUUAAAAAUAUUGUUAAAAAAAUAAAUAAAUAAAAAGAAACCAAAGAAGUCUUGAAUGCGACUCGAAUGCGGCUGUUAAAUAGUUUACGCGACAAUGGUGGCUAUAGUGGAGCUCUUGAGUCUGCUGCUGGUGUCAGUGUUGUGGGGAUGCACCAACCCCUUCUUAAAGAGAGGCACAGAGGGGAUUGCAAAUGUGACAAAAACCAAUAGGGUCUCGCAGCUACUGGCUGAGAUCAAGUUUCUUUUCCUAAACCUGAAGUACUUGGUACCAUUUCUUCUAAAUCAGAGUGGCUCAUUGGUCUACUACUACACACUGUCAACCACAGAGUUGUCUCUUGCUGUUCCUGUGGCCAACUCCCUCACCUUCCUUUGCACUCUGCUGACUGGCAAGUUACUGGGUGAAGAGUUUGGAGGCAAACAAGCUGUUUUGGGAAUGUUUCUCACCAUGGCCGGCAUCACUCUAUGCAUCAUAAGCUCCAUUGAUAGCUAAGACACUGGAUGACAGAAAAUGGCUAAGGUGGUGCUCUAAUGAAGAUAUGGAUUAAACAAAAAUGUUCCUCCACUGUCAACGGAAUUCCUCAGCAGGGAAACAACACAGACCAAAGGUGCAGGAAGACUGGAAUGGAGAAAAAUUUAGAUUCAAGUGACAACACAGUAGCUUCAAAAGGCCUCUCUCGGAAGAAAAAGUUGAAGGAGUGGGUUCAUGUAGGGUUCACUUCAGAGCUAGACUGAAUUAUGGUGUUCCCAGUAAAACUUUUACUUGUAAACACUCUGCUGCCCUCCAUGUGGCUGGCAUUUGCAUAGAUGCUAUAGAGACAACAUGCAGUCAAGACAGAGAUUUAAAAUGGACCAAUUAGAUGUCACCUCCUGGUUUACAAGGGCUUUUUAUGGCAGCUGCCUUCUGUUUUCUGCAGCUUGUGUUUCAAUGAGAGUUGGACACAGGAGCAGACAGAUAGUUCAGCUGUUACACUGGAGGAUGAAUUUUCUCCUCUUCCUCCCCCUUCUUCUUAGCUGCCUUUAGUACAUGUUGUAUUGGUGAAUUGGUAAAUGCUCCCCUUUCAUAUUAGGGUAAAGGACCUAAACAGAGAGUGGUCCCGUUUCAAUCGUGUCUGAAAAAGUACAGAAUAAAUAUACAAGGCACAUAACUAUAAUGAAUAUUUUUAUUUUUACAAUAUUUAAUUUAAACAAUACACUGUACAGAUGUGGUUUUGUUAAUAUUGUAGUAAUAAAUUGUUUUGUUUUUG